AUGUUACAAUAAUAGCAAGUUUAAGAUGAAAAUGAACCAAUCUCAUAAUUCAAAUAAAUUACUAGAUAUUAUUCUCUUAAAAUAAUAAAUCCCUAAGUUUAUUAUUACUAUGUAGCUCCUGGAAAUAAUAGCAAACUUAUUAUUUAAACAAUGCAAAAAAGAAAGAAUUGGUAAGAAUCAGCAAAUCAAUUACUUCAUUUUUAAUGGAAUAUGAAUGAUAAGAACUUUAAAUAUCUUACACUCAGCUAAUCAUAAAUACAAAUUGUUAAUCAUUUACCUAAUCAUAGAGAACUUACUAUGAAAUGCAAUUUAAUUAGGAAUCUAAAAUAUUUUUGUUAAGCUAAUAAGCGCUAUGUCUGGGAUAUAACUCCAUUAUCUUUUAUUAUAGAUCUUUAUAGUUCAGAGAAUGAUCUAAACAGAGUUCUUAAAGAAUUCAUAUCCUUUUAUGAAUAAUUCAAACCUUCAAACUCUAAAAAAAAUCAACUUAAUUAUUCUUCUAAGCCCAUUUCCUAGUAUGUACAUCCUAAAAUGCAUCAUAGCCUUUUAGAUGAUGAAGAUAAUUACAUUUGGGUAUUAAUUUUCUCUAACAGUUAAGAUUUUAAAACCAAAUGAAUUUAAUAGAGGAAGAGGUAUCUAAUUUUUUCGAACUAUUGAAGAACUUAAAUAGUUAUUAAAAAAUUUCAAUAAAGGAAUUUCUGAAUAUCAAUUUAGUCAAGGUUAAAUUAAAUCAUCCUCUUUUGUGAUAUAAAAGUACAUUUAAAGACCAUUAUUAUUAGAUGGAAGAAAAUUUGAUAUUCGAGUAUGGGUUUUAGUAACUCAUUAAUUUGAGAUUUAUAUUUUUAAUUAGGGUUAUGCAAGAUUAUCUUCGGAAAUGUUUGAUCUAAACAAAUUAGAUGCAUUUAUUCACUUAACAAACAAUGCAGUUUAAAAGCAUUCCCAAAAUUAUGGUUUUUUUGAAUUAGGAAAUUAAAUUUCAUAUUCAGAAUUAGAUUAUUAUACAAAUGGAGAAUUCACUAAAACUGUUUUGCCAAAAAUCAAAUCAAUCAUAGUAUUUUCUUGGAUGGCUAUUCAAAAUACAUUUAAGAAAUGCAAAUAUUCAUUUGAGAUCUUUGGAUAUGAUUUUAUGUUAGAUGAGUAAUUGAAGCCAUGGUUAAUAGAAAUUAAUACUAAUCCCUGUCUUGAAGAGUCAUCACCAUUAUUAUAAGAAUUGAUACCAAAAAUGAUAGAUGAUGCAUUUAAAAUAGUUAUAGACCCUCUAUUUAGUAAAGUUACAGAACCUACUGGUUGGGAUCAUCUAUUGUAAUUAUGA